UACUUUGAAGGUUGUGACCGGAUAUGGCGCGUUGAAGCCCUCGCAGUUUGACCGAGUGUGGAGAGGCGGGGGAUUGCGAACAGACCGACUGAGUGGAGGUCUGCUGCGGACUCAGUCGGAGCCGCUGUCACCAAAAUAGGUGGGAAAAGUUCCUGCUAACUACCUCCACGGUCGACGCGCGAAACGGAGACACCACCAGGGAUAUUCGAGUGCAGCAGUUUCUCUGGUCAGCGAUGAGGAGCCCUCUAGGCCUGGGUCGCUGAGCAGCUGAGGUCAGAGUUCAAGUGCGUGUUUCGGCAGUCAUGGCUGACAGAGAGGGGCUGCCCAUCGCCCCGGGCCAGGUCUACAUUGAGGUGGAGUAUGACUAUGAGUACAAGGCCAAAGACAAGAUGGUGACGAUCCGCCAGGGAGAAUGGUACAUGCUGGUGAGGAAGACCAAUGAGGACUGGUGGCAGGUGAAGAAGGAGGAGGGCACAAAGGCCUUUUACGUGCCAGCACAGUAUGUAAGGGAGGUGCGUCGGGCACUCAUGCCUCCGCAGAAGCCUGCAGUAAGGGCUAAACCCACUGUUCUGGAUAUCUGCCGCGCAUCCAAUGAAAACCUCAACAGAUCCCAGCCGGAGAUGUCGAGCUUUGGGCGUCCAUCACCUUCCUCUACCCCAUCGCCAUCCUCUGUCACACCGCCAGCUCUGCCCAAAGAUGCUAAUCAGAAUUUGGGAAGUCCCCAUCACUGCAAGGUGGUAGCCGAACUGGUACUUCUUCACAACAACAACAACCAUCACCACACCAACAAUUCCACGUUGCCAAGGACACGGGCAGAUUCACCUCCACUCAAAGUGGGGAACAGCCUCAAUAAAAGUCCAGAUAGUAACAAGACCUCCCCACCGAGUGACAUGCAAGCAGAGGGGCUGAACAGGCUCAUCAAUGACUCCGAGUCUGGGGACGAGCUGAGCAGCAGCUCAACAGAACAUAUGCAGACAACAUCCCCUACAGGUCAGGGUCGGUCUGACUCGCCAGUCUACACCAACCUCCAGGAGCUGAAGAUCUCUCAGUCCAGCCUGCCGCCCGUCCCCUCCGGCUCCCCUCUACACAUCCUGGGCGACUGGGAGACCCACAAAGAUCUCAGCGGCAGGCAUUUCUACUACAACCGUGCCACCGGAGAGCGCACCUGGAAGCCACCGCGCACCAGGGACGCGAGUGGCAGCACAAGCAGUAUCCGAGGAGACAGCCAGGGCACAGCAGAGAGUGAGCCGCUGUCCUCAGAGGAAAACUGUCACAGCACCCACUCGAGUCAGUCUGACAGCCAGUAUGGGUCACCACCAAGAGGCUGGUCUGAGGAGCUGGAUGAACAUGGACACACACUCUAUGUCUCUGAGUACACACAGGAGAAGUGGAUAAAACAUGUGGAUGAACAAGGCCGACCCUACUACUACAGUGCUGAUGGAUCCAGGUCAGAAUGGGAGCUCCCCAAGUACAAUAUCUCCCCUCAGUCAGGAGAAGUUCCCAAGAGUCGCAGUCUGGAAAGGAAGCAGCAGGAUCCUAUCGUCCUCACCAAGUGGAGACACAGCACCUACGUCUUAGACCUCAAUGACAAGGAGUGUGCUCCGGCGCCCAAGCAGAGCUCUCCAGACUCUGACUCCUGCCCUUCAUCUCCUAAGCACCCUGCAACACCUUCAGAAAAAUGUGGAGUCCUCAAUGUCACCAAAAUCACAGAGAAUGGAAAGAAAGUCAGGAAGAACUGGACCUCCUCGUGGACAGUGCUGCAGGGCUUCUCCCUGCUCUUUGCAAAAGGUCAGGGGGGCAGCACCAGCUGGAAGUUUGGCAGCAACCAGUCAAAGCCUGAGUUCACUGUUGAUCUGCGAGGUGGGUCAGUGGACUGGGCCUCCAAGGACAAGUCGAGCAAGAAACACGUCAUCGAGCUGAAGACUCGUCAAGGCACAGAGCUACUGAUCCAGUCUGAGAUCGACAGUGUCAUCAACGACUGGUACCGGGCCCUCACAGAGACCAUCAACACGCAUGCCUGGGAAUCAGACGAGGCCAUUGAGGAAGACAUGCCUGAGUCUCCUGGAGCUGAGAAACAGGACAAGGAGAAAGAUCACAGGGACUCCAAGAAAAACAGAGCCAUGAAGACCUCUGUGAGUAUGGACUCAUCGGACCAGAAGAAAACCAGGAUGAAGCUCAAAAAGUUUCUGAUCCGUCGACCCACCUAUCAGGCUGUCCGAGACAAGGGCUACAUCAAAGAUCAGGUGUUUGGCUGCAGUCUGACCAGUCUCUGCCAGCGGGAGAACACAUCAGUUCCCAACUUUGUGAAAAUGUGCAUUGACCAUGUGGAGAACACAGGUCUCGAUGUCGACGGCUUAUACAGAGUGAGCGGGAACCUGGCAGUGAUCCAGAAGCUCCGCUUUGCUGUGAAUCAUGAUGAGAAGGUGGAUCUGGAUGACAGUAAGUGGGAGGACAUCCAUGUCACCACCGGAGCCCUCAAGAUGUUCUUUAGGGAACUUCCUGAGCCUCUCUUCACAUACGGAUCCUUCAAUGACUUUGUAAACGCAAUCAAAUGUUCAGACUACAAGCAGCGACUGAAUUCAAUCAAAGACUUGAUCAAGAAGUUGCCAAAACCCAACCACGACACAAUGCAGGUCCUCUUCAAACACCUGCGCAGGGUGAUUGAACACGGAGAGGCCAACCGCAUGACCACCCAGAGCGUAGCCAUCGUGUUCGGACCCACGCUGCUGCGGCCCGAGACCGAGACAGGCAACAUCGCGGUCCACAUGGUCUACCAGAACCAGAUAGUGGAGCUCAUACUGCUCGAGUACGAAAGCAUCUUCGGCAGGUAGAGGCCCCCACUCAGACGAGGAUGCUGGCUUCUUUUCCUUUUUCCCCUCUUUUCUUUGACUGAGCUGAACAUUGCUGUGGACCAAGCAGUUGGAGGAAAAAAUUAACAUUCAUUGACAGGACAGUUUACAAAAGUGUUGCACUUACAGAAGUUUUGGAGAUGAAUUUCAGAAAAAGGUGUACAGAUUUCACCCGCGUUUCAGUUGCCAUUCCUGCUGCGAGAAGCAGGCCGGACUAUGGACAGUGUUUAAGAGUGGCCGUGAUGACGUGCUAGCGUCCUUGUGGUUUUGGUGGAUUUGAGUAUUCAGGUGUUUUCACAUACACUGGAUCCCUGUGGCCAGUAUUUCAAACUUCAAAGUGGAGCUGGUGGAAGGCAACCGAACCUUGGCGGAUCGCGGACGGGACCGCGCGGCAUUAAAAGCCAAAUCGGCAGCCUCACCCCCUCUCUGAAGGAGUGAGCUGAAUCCGAACUGGAUACGUUUUCUGUGUCUUGGAGCUUCGUGUGUGAUGUAUCAGCCAUGUGUGUUGUUGGACAAGGUCGAAAAACUAAUCAGUGUUAUGUUAACAGACUGUCUUUUGGCACUGGACUGGAGUUACAGAUUGUGUCCCCAACUUCCCCUAGCAACACCCCCCGACCCCAUCACCAUAACCCUAACCCCCACACACCACCCUCACCUCCCCCUAUCAACCAGUAUUAAGCAUUAACCCUGUGACAAGAGUGUCUUGUGACUUGAAUGAUGGAGGACUGACCCUGUCUGUGUCUGUGUGUGUGUGUGUGUGUGCGUGUGUGAAUUAACCUGAGCAGAAGGAUCCUUGUCUUGCCACUUUGUACAAACUGUAUGUCGUAUAGUCUUACGUGCUUUGGUAAAGUGUGCGUUAAGCUGCCGGGGGUCAUUGUCUGUGCUCCCCUGUGGACUUCAGUGUUGGUCUCUUCAGUGGCAGGAAAUGCCACCGAGGUCCUGGUUUUACUGGAAAACAAAGUGGAUUUCUAAGAACUGCAAUGUUACUCAUUUUUACAUGAACUGUCUCCGAGUGUCGGCUUGAUGACCCUUCCCUUCAACUAAGCUAACAUUAAAGAGUAUCCAGAGAAGGAAAACGGUACUGGGAAUAUUUCAAAGGUUGAUAUGUGGGGGCAUCCUGGUGUCAGAAUUCAAAGAAGAGCCUUUAAAACCUUUCAGAGCAUAUGUACAGUGACCGAAACUAGUUGUUAAAAUGUGUAAUAGUGGCAGGUAUGUAUGCUUUGAUGGUGAAAUAGUGAAAAUGAUCUUGAUUUUUUUUUGAUUUUGUAAAUUUGAAUUAAAACAUGACAGUACAAAGAUAGUGGGAAAACAGACACAUGAUGGACUGUGACUUUUGUUUGAAGGUGUAUCUGGAGUGUUUGCGCAUGGUCAGCUGCACAUUUUGAAUGUAAUUUUCAGGCUAACUGCUGUUUGUGAAAUUGCUAUGUCUAAUAAAAAAGACAAACUAAAAGUUGAAA